GCUCACGGGCGCACUAGUUUAGGAUUUGCGCUUCCUUUCCCAAAAUGCCCCCCCUGCGUCGCCAUCUUUUUAAAUAAUUGAUUGUGUGGGCAUUUCUUGUUCCGUUGUAGCACGAGCUGGAUUUCUCACUGAGAAGAAUCCACACUCCUUUCUUUCUUUCUUUCUUACUUACUUUGCGAAAGGGAUCGAUUUCUUUUUUUUAGCUGCGAGUGGCAUUUAGCUGCGAGUUUCUCUGUCGGGUAACUCCAAUUUUGUUCAUUCUCCAGCCAAUUCAAAAUGCACCUUUCAACGAAUAGGAAGAAAGUGAUAUCCAGCUUAUUUGUUGCAUUCCUCAUCUUAGUAUCUACACUCUGCUCUUAUGUAUCUGCAAAGGAAUGCACCAACAUACCAACUCAGCUUUCUUCACACACACUCCGAGCGCAGCUCAUGUCAUCAAAAAACGAAACUUGGAAGGAGGAGGUCUUUUCCCAUUUCCACUUGACUCCUACCGAUGAAUCUGCGUGGAUGGAUUUGCGCCCGCGAAAGCUUCUAAAUAAAGAAGCUCCCCUUGAGGACUUUGAUUGGGCGAUGCUCUAUCGAAAUAUAAAGGGUUUGGUGGGGGUCAAUGGUCGAUCCCGUGGGGCUAAUUUCCUUAAAGAAGUUCCUCUUCACGAUGUUCGUUUGGAUCCAGAGUCUAUAUAUGGCAUGGCUCAGCAGACAAAUUUGGAGUACUUGUUGAUAUUGGAUGUGGAUCGACUGGUUUGGAGCUUUCGCAAAGAGGCGGGUCUAUCGACCCCUGGGCAACCUUACGGAGGGUGGGAAUCACCGGAUCAAGAGCUUAGGGGACAUUUUGUGGGGCAUUAUUUGAGUGCUUCAGCUAUGAUGUGGGCUAGUACCCACAAUGGCACUCUAUAUGAUAGAAUGACAUCCGUAGUGAAUGCACUUUCUGCCUGUCAAAAUAAAACAGGCACUGGGUAUCUCUCAGCUUUUCCACCUGAAUUUUUUGACCGAUUUGAAGCCAUAAAACCUGUUUGGGCGCCAUAUUACACUAUUCACAAGAUAAUGGCAGGCUUACUUGAUCAGUACACACUGGGUGGUAAUUCUCAAACGUUACAAAUGGUGGUAUGGAUGGCUGAAUACUUUGAGAACCGUGUGAAAAGUGUCAUACAAAAGUAUAGUAUUGAGAGACACUGGGUAUCUCUCAAUGAUGAAACAGGAGGCAUGAAUGAUGUUCUCUACAGGCUGUACAGCAUAACGGGUAAUCAGAAGCAUUUGAUUUUAGCUCAUCUUUUUGACAAGCCAUGCUUUCUAGGUCUGCUUGCAGUACAGUCUGACAGCCUUUCUGGUUUUCAUGCCAAUACACAUAUCCCCGUUGUUAUAGGAGCGCAGAUGCGCUAUGAGAUUACUGGAGAUUCACUUUACAAGGACAUAGGAACAUUCUUUAUGGAUAUUGUUAAUGCUUCCCAUACUUAUGCAACGGGUGGAACUUCUGUCAGCGAGUUUUGGUCAGAUCCAAAGCGCUUAGCAGAUACUCUAAGCACAGAGGAUGAAGAAUCCUGCACUACUUAUAACAUGCUUAAGGUUUCUCGUAACUUAUUUAGAUGGACCAAAGAAAUGGCAUAUGCUGACUAUUAUGAGAGAGCACUGACAAACGGUGUGCUAAGCAUACAAAGAGGAAGGGAGCCUGGAGUGAUGAUUUAUAUGCUUCCACAAGGGCCUGGGCAGUCGAAGGCACGGAGCUACCAUGGAUGGGGAUCACAAUUCAAUGAUUUUUGGUGUUGUUAUGGGACAGGUAUUGAAUCAUUCUCCAAAUUAGGAGAUUCCAUCUAUUUUGAGGAGCCGGGAAGUAUCCCAGGUCUUUACAUCAUACAGUUCAUACCAAGUGCGUUUGAUUGGAAGUCUGGAAGCAUUAUGAUAACGCAGAAAAUACAACCUAUUAAUUCAUGGGAACCCACUCUUCAUGUCACAUUGUCAAUUCUUUCAAAGGAGUCUUCCAUUCAAGCUUCAACCUUGCACCUACGAAUACCGUUCUGGACAACUUUAAAUGGUGCAAAAGCGAUGUUUAAUGAUCAAGAUCUGUCUCUACCAUCCCCUGGAAAUUUCCUCAGUCUUUCUAAACAGUGGACUUCAAAUGACAGCUUGGCCCUCAAUUUGCCAAUUAGUUUGCGGGCAGAGGCAAUAAAAGAUGAACGACCAGAAUAUGCAUCGAUCAAAGCAAUCCUCUUCGGUCCAUACCUGCUCGCUGGCCUAACCAGUAACGAUUGGGACGUCAAGAUCGGCAAAUCAUCCUCCAUAAAUGAGUGGAUCACUCCCAUUCCUGACUCCACCCGAUCUCAACUUGUCUCUCUCUCUCAGCAAUCCAACAACCAAACCCUAUUCCUCUCCAACACAAACUCUUCUCUGACAAUGAAUCAUCAGCCUAAACCUGGCACUGAUGAUGCUGUUCAUGCCACUUUCAAUCUCAUUCCACACGACUUAGUAUACCCUAACAUGAUCAGACCCGUUAAGCACACCAGUCCCGGGAAGCAUUUACUUGGACGGUCAGUAAUCCUCGAGCCAUUUGAUCUCCCAGGGAUGGCUAUCGUGCAUCAAGGACCAAACAAACCUCUGACAGUCUCAUUUCCUUCACGCUCAGAAUCUAUCUUUACAGUGAUUUCGGGUUUGGAUGGUAAAGAGAAUUCGGUGUCUUUUGAGGCUAGGGAUCAAAAAGAUUGCUUUGUUUACUCUAUUGAAAAUCAGGUUGGGCUUAUGCACAAAGAGGACAGCGAUGAAGCCUUCGGCGAGAAGGCGAGUUUUAUGAUGACUAGAGGGAUGAAGGAGUAUCAUCCUAUUAGUUUUGUGGCAAACGGGAAGAAGAGGAAUUUUGUGCUUGAGCCGUUGCUUAGCUUGAGGGAUGAGUCUUAUACUGUUUAUUUCAACGUUGAAGCGUAGAAUACUGGUCGCGGAUGAUGUUGAUCUAAACACUUACAGGUUACCGAUUACGGCGGUUUAUGGAAAUGAAAAAGCCAGUGCGUGCUGGGUUUAGUUAUCAGUUGUUUAUAUUCAUUGGAUUGUGGUACUAGAGAAUAAAUUUAUAAAUUAAUGGAAAAUUUACUUGAGAAA